AUGUAUAUGUGGUCGGCUUUGUACCAAAUGAAUCCGUGGCUAAUCACUUCCAACAAGAUCUCACUCAAAGCCCAACUGCAGAGCCUGCCCGGAGCUGGAUUUGGCAUGUCAGCGGCCCAUUUUCUGUUCUUACAUAGAAAUAAGGAGAAAGAUUCAGCAACAUUUGACGAAGCCAUCACUUAUUACAAAGAUAUGCAGCAGAACUAUCAGUUACUUCUGUUCCCUGAAGGUACAGACAAAUCUCCAUGGACCACCACGAAAAGCUCGGAGUAUGCAAAGAAGAAUGGUUUAAAAGAGUUGAAAAAUUUGCUAUAUCCUCGAGUAACUGGCUUCUACCACCUGCUCUCGAAAAUGAGGAAAGAAAACUACGUUACCUACGUCUAUGAUAUAUCUAUUGCAUAUCCCUACAAUAUCGUUCAGUCAGAGGUUGAUCUCGUCCUUAAAGGCUCAUGCCCACGUGAAGUACAUUUCCAUGUGAAAAAGAUUCCCGUGGCUGAAGUGCCACGAAAUGAAGCAGAAUGUGGUCGUUGGUUAAAUGAGCGAUGGCUCCAGAAGGAGGCUACACUGGAGCAGUAUUACUCGGAACCAAAGCCUUACAAUAGACGAUUUCCGAUGGAAAAGAGUCAAAUGGUCUGGAAAAACACCAGCGAACCUCCUAUGCUUGGAUUCAUUAAGCGAUUUUGUUUCUGGUUUUGGAUGUUUGUUGUGUCAAUAGUUUCUUAUCAUGUGAUGUUUCUUCGGCCGUUGCAGAUAUUAGUGAUUCCCUUCAGGAUCAUAUAG